ACUACUACUACUGCAAGCUUCACCAGGAAGUAAACGAGUUAACCUGCCCCUUGUUUCUGGUGUAUCAUUUAACUUGACUUAAAAUUGAGUGAGAUUUAUUGAAAGUUUACUUAAACAUGAAUCGUGCAUGUGGCUGACAUGUUUAAGCGAAGAUGAAGUGAGAUUAAUGGAGCUCGCACUGGAUUGUGGAUUUGGAUUAUCUGAUUUACUAACAGUCAGUGAAUUGGGUUAUGUCACGUGGUAACAUGUUUUCAUCCCAACUACUGAAGUUUGGGACGCUGUACAGCGUCGCAUUUGUUAUCCGUUUAUGUUUGGUUGGCUUUGGGAUUUAUCAAGACAAAACCAUGGUGGUUAAAUACACUGAUAUCGACUAUCAUGUGUUUAUAGACGCAUCCAGACUUGUAACGCAGGUGAGUUCCUCUGUAGGAGAAAUGACAGGGUGAGUCUCCAUACAACAGGUCCACCUACCGGUAUACACCACUCCUGGCGUGGAUGUUAUCACCUAGCAUCUACUUGACCUCUCACUUUGGGAAGCUGCUCUUUGUGAUUUGUGAUGUACUCUCUGGUGUCCUCUUAUACCACAUACUGACUCUUCGAGGUUUAUCCAGUGAUGCAGCCUGUCGUUUCUCAGCUCUCUGGCUUCUGAAUCCUUUACCGAUUGGUGUAUCAACGCGUGGGAAUGCUGAAGCACUGUUGGCUGUUCUGGUUCUGUCCACUCUCCUGUGUUUACAACUGAAGAGACAUUUUACAGCAGCAUGUCUCUAUGGUCUCUCUGUCCAUAUGAAAAUCUAUACAGUAAUAUAUGCCCUUCCCAUCGCCCUCUUUAUAUCAAAUCACAAGGAAUCGAAGAAAAAUUACAGAGGUGUUUUUAGGGUUAUCCAAAACCUUUUCAGUAAGGACCUGGCUCUAUUUGCUGUCGUUGCAGGAGCUGUGUUUCUUGGACUGACUUUGACUUUUUAUUGCAUGUAUGGCUGGGAUUUCCUCCAAGAAACCUACUUCUACCACUUAACAAGGCGGGACAUUCGUCAUAAUUUCUCCCCAUACUUCUACAUGUUUUACUUAACAGUGGAGAGUGAAUGGAGCUUUGCUCUGGGUCUAGUGACCUUUCUUCCCCAGGUUAUACUUUUGCUCUUUACCUCUCUGGCCUUCUAUGCUGACUUGCCUCUCUGCUGCUUCCUCAACACGGCCCUUUUUGUCAGCUUCAACAAAGUCUGCACCUCACAGUAUUUUCUGUGGUACCUGUGUUUACUGCCUCUGGUCCUGCCACACCUGAGACUCACAGUAAAGCAAGGGAUUGGGCUACUGCUGUUGUGGUUCACUGGCCAGGGCUUGUGGUUGGCACCUGCUUACUACUUGGAAUUUGAAGGACGCAACACAUUUGUGUUUAUAUGGUUUGCUGGCCUGCUGUUCCUCAUCAUCAACACAGUGAUAAUGGUCCAGAUCAUCAAUAAUUACGUACCAAAAAGAGCUGUUCAACAAAAAAAGAAAAUGAAAUAAAGGCUGGAAUGAAGAUGAA